AUGGCGAAUGUAUUGGAAGUGAUGUUCCGUUUCUACGAAGAGUAUUCGGCGAAGACAUCGAAUCGGCUGAAGAUAAUCGACGCAUACCUGCUGUACAUACUGUUGACGGGAGUGAUUCAGUUCCUGUACUGCUGUCUUGUGGGCACCUUUCCAUUCAACUCAUUCCUCUCCGGUUUCAUCUCAACGGUCGCGUCAUUCGUUUUGGGCGUUUGUCUUCGCCUUCAGACGAAUCCGCAGAACAAAUACGAGUUCCGAGAACUGAGUCAAGAGAGGGCUUUUGCGGACUUCAUCUUCGCUCACGUCGUCCUCCAUUUGGUGGUCAUUAACUUCAUUGGAUGA